AUGAAGAAAAGCAGGAGUGUGAUGGCAGUGACGGCUGAUGAUAAUGUGAAAGAUUAUCUUGAAUGUAGCUUGAGUAAAUCCUACAGUUCUUCUAGUAACACACUUGGGAUCGACCUCUGGAGAGGGAGAAGGUGUUGCUCAGGAAACUUACAGUUACCGCCCCUGUCCCAAAGACAGAGUGAGAGGGCAAGGACUCCCGAGGGAGAUGGCAUUUCCAGACCUACCACGCUACCUUUGACGACACUCCCAAGCAUCGCUAUUACAACCGUAAGCCAGGAGGGCUUUGAUGUGGAAAAUGGCCCUUCCCCAGGUCGGAGCCCACUGGACCCCCAGGCCAGCUCUUCCUCUGGGUUGGUGCUCCAUGCCACCUUUCCUGGGCACAGCCAGCGGAGAGAGUCCUUUCUCUACCGAUCAGAUAGCGACUAUGAUUUGUCACCGAAGGCGAUGUCAAGAAACUCUUCACUUCCAAGCGAGCAACACGGCGAUGACUUGAUUGUAACACCUUUUGCCCAGGUCCUUGCCAGCUUGCGAAGUGUGAGAAACAAUUUUACUGUACUGACAAACCUUCAUGGAGCAUCCAACAAGAGGUCCCCAGCUGCUGCUAGUCAGCCACCUGUCUCCAGAGUAAACCUGCAAGAAGAAUCUUAUCAAAAAUUAGCAAUGGAAACGCUGGAGGAAUUGGACUGGUGCUUAGACCAGCUAGAGACCAUCCAGACCUACCGCUCUGUCAGUGAGAUGGCUUCUAACAAGUUCAAGAGAAUGCUGAACCGGGAGCUGACACACCUCUCAGAGAUGAGCCGAUCAGGGAACCAGGUUUCUGAAUACAUUUCAAAUACUUUCUUAGACAAGCAGAAUGAUGUGGAGAUUCCAUCACCCACCCAGAAGGACAGAGAGAAAAAGAAAAAGCAACAGCUCAUGACGCAGAUAAGCGGAGUGAAAAAACUGAUGCACAGUUCAAGCUUAAACAAUACAAGCAUCUCACGCUUUGGAGUCAACACAGAAAAUGAAGAUCAUCUGGCCAAGGAGCUGGAAGAUCUGAACAAAUGGGGCCUUAACAUCUUCAAUGUGGCUGGAUAUUCACACAAUAGGCCCCUCACAUGCAUCAUGUAUGCCAUAUUCCAGGAAAGAGACCUCCUAAAGACAUUCAAAAUCUCAUCUGAUACAUUUGUAACCUACAUGAUGACUUUAGAAGACCAUUACCAUUCUGAUGUGGCGUAUCAUAACAGCCUACAUGCUGCUGAUGUAGCCCAGUCAACCCAUGUUCUUCUUUCUACGCCAGCAUUAGAUGCUGUCUUCACAGAUUUGGAAAUUCUGGCCGCCAUUUUCGCAGCUGCUAUCCAUGAUGUUGAUCACCCUGGAGUCUCCAACCAGUUUCUCAUCAACACAAAUUCAGAACUUGCUUUGAUGUAUAAUGAUGAAUCUGUGUUGGAAAACCAUCACCUUGCCGUGGGUUUCAAACUGCUGCAAGAAGAACACUGUGAUAUCUUCCAGAAUCUCACCAAGAAGCAACGCCAGACACUCAGGAAAAUGGUUAUCGACAUGGUGUUAGCAACUGAUAUGUCCAAACAUAUGAGCCUGCUGGCAGACCUGAAAACAAUGGUGGAAACAAAGAAAGUUACAAGUUCAGGUGUUCUUCUCCUGGACAACUACACGGAUCGUAUACAGGUCCUUCGCAACAUGGUACACUGUGCAGACCUAAGCAACCCCACCAAGUCCUUGGAAUUAUAUCGGCAGUGGACAGACCGCAUCAUGGAGGAGUUCUUCCAGCAGGGAGACAAAGAGCGGGAGAGGGGAAUGGAGAUUAGCCCAAUGUGUGAUAAGCACACAGCUUCUGUGGAAAAAUCCCAGGUUGGUUUCAUUGACUACAUUGUCCAUCCACUCUGGGAGACCUGGGCAGAUCUGGUGCAGCCUGAUGCCCAGGACAUUCUGGACACGUUAGAAGAUAAUAGAAACUGGUAUCAGAGCAUGAUACCACAGAGUCCCUCCCCACCACUGGACGAGCAGAACAGAGACUGUCAGGGUCUGAUGGAGAAGUUUCAAUUUGAACUGACCCUUGAAGAGGAGGAUUCCGAAGGCCCAGAAAAAGACGGAGAGGGUCACGACUAUUUCAGCAGCCCAAAGACACUUUGUGUGAUUGAUCCUGAACAUAGGGAUUCACUAGGAGGGACUGAUGUAGACAUUGUGACAGAAGACAAGUCCCCUAUCGACACAUAAUUGCCUUCUCCGUGUGGAGAUGAACAUUCCACCUUUGACAAGCAUGCCAGCUGUAUGGUAGGGCCAGCCCAUCACAGGGGCCUGGGCCUGCACGGGACAAGGGCCAUGUGGCCUUUCCAGUUACUUGAGUUUGGAGCCAGAAUGCGAGACCAUGAAGCAGAUAGCAGUUCAGAAAAUUCCACGGCUGACUUGCCUUGCCUGCAAGCUUAGUGGAGAGCUGAAGCUUUAUCUGGUACUGGAGGCCAAGAUCAGAUCCUGAGUAAAUGGCUUGAAAAUAGAAGACACAAAACUGAGAGAUUUUUCUGCACUAAGUUUUGGGAAUCUGUCCCCUCUAGUGACUGAACUGACUGAUUAAUAACUUCAUUUAUAAAUCUGCUCACCUGUCCCCUUGUCUGCCAACCUGUGUGCCUUUUUUGUAAAACAUUUUCACGU